AUGUCGCACCCGGCUGACUUCCCGACCUUGCCAAAGGGUCCGCGUACCAAGACUGCUGACAAUGCUGCUGCGCCUACUCUCCCUGCGGUCAACCAGCAAGAGUCAGUUACUGGCGACAAUGCUACGUCUGGGGUCAACAAUGUCAUGGCUGACAGUGCUGCUCACAAGGUUUCGGAUCCUGCCGGUACAUCGCAUGAUCAGGCUGCGUCAUCAGCGCUACUCACCGAUGCAGAUGGUUUCAUCGACGAAGGCUCUGAUUACGAGCUGGAGCUCGAUUUGAGCACUGAAGUUGCUGUGACCCUGCGCUCCACUGCUGUUCUGCUGAUCCCGUUUAUUCUGCAUCUGGAAAUUGCUUGUGUGCUGGAUGCUCUCAAGAUGCUGAUAAAACGUGCUGCCUCCCUGAAAGCCUCCGCGUUCAUCCUUCCUUUGCUCCGAGACCCUGCCUUAGCACUGAUCUCAACCGGCACCAACAGGGAGGAGUGGCUGUGUAAGCAAGAGGGUUGUGGGAAGGCUCACGGCAAGAGCUUCAUGACAUCUGCAGCUCACAUCGCUACCGCUGCUCACAUGCUUCACCUGGAGGAGGCCGGUGCUGCUACCAAGCAGUCCCUCGAGAAGAUGUCCCUCAACGCCAUUCGGAAGGAGUAUGGAGUGUAG